AUGGAAGAUUCAUUUAUAAAAACGCCUCAAGAAGUACUUGAUGAAUUUCAGGUUGAUAUUAAUAGAGGUUUAACGGAAAAGCAAGUGCACGAGAAUAGGAAAAUAUGGGGGAGAAAUGAACAAUUCAAAGAUCAACUAGUUAUAAUCCUUUUAAUUUCUGCUGCUAUAUCUUUUAUUUUGGCAUUCCUCGAGGAAUCCGAAGAACAGGGAACUGCAUUUGUGGAACCAAUUGUGAUAAUGUUAAUUUUGAUAGCUAACGCUGUAGUCGGUGUUGUACAAGAAAGUAAUGCUGAGAAAGCUAUUGAAGCUUUAAAAGAAUAUUCACCUGAUGAAGCAAAAGUUUUACGUGAUGGACAUCUUGAUAAAAUUCACUCUGAAGAAUUGGUACCCGGCGAUAUCAUUGAUAUUGCCAUUGGUGAUAAGAUUCCAGCUGAUGCUAGAAUAUUGAAAAUAUCUUCAACCACUUUCAGAAUUGAUCAGUCUAUUUUAACAGGGGAAAGUGUUAGUGUGAAUAAAGAUACAUCAAAAAUUAAUGAUCCGCAAGCUGGAAAGCAUGAUCAAAUAAAUAUUCUUUUUACGGGAACAACUGUUGUGAUUGGGAAAGCGCGUGCCAUAGUUGUCAAAACAGGUUCUAAAACAGAAAUUGGAGAAAUUACAAAGACGCUUGGAGAACAAAUAUCCGAGAAAACACCUUUGAAACGUAAAUUGGAUGAAUUUGGUGAUUUACUGGCUAAGGUCAUUUCAGUCAUUUGCAUUCUUGUAUGGAUUAUCAAUAUUCGUCACUUUAAUGAUCCAUCACAUCAUGGUUGGCUUAGAGGCGCUAUUUAUUAUUUCAAAAUUGCAGUUGCCUUAGCCGUAGCUGCAAUUCCGGAAGGUUUGGCAGUAGUCAUCACCACAUGUUUAGCUUUAGGUACAAAAAAGAUGGCAAAAAAAAAUGCCAUUGUGCGAUCUUUGCCAUCUGUUGAGACUUUGGGUUGUACAAGCGUCAUUUGUUCCGAUAAAACUGGAACUCUUACAACUAACCGUAUGAGCGUUCUGUUGGUUGCAUCCGAUUCGGCUGAUUUACAUGAAUUACAAGUAGAAGGUACAAAUUAUUCACCAAUUGGUAACAUAACUGUUGAUGGAAGUAUUACAAAUUUCCUUCCAGAAACAAAUCCAUGUAUUAAUAAUUUGGUGCAAGUCUGUGCAUUAUGUAAUGACUCCUAUAUUUCAUAUGAUGAAGAUACUUCAACAUAUAAUAAUGUUGGUGAACCCACCGAAGCAGCACUUAAAGUACUUGUUGAAAAGUUAGGAACGGAUAGUCGCGAAUAUAAUUCCACUCUAAGUUCAUGUUCACAAAAGGCGCGGACUACAGCUUGUAAUAAUUAUUAUGAGAAUAGAAUUCAACGUUUGAUAACUCUUGAAUUUUCUCGUGAUCGUAAAUCAAUGUCGGUUCUUGGUCAAACGAAUUCUUCUCAAGCUACCUUGUAUGUUAAAGGUGCUCCAGAAUCAAUAUUAGAACGUUGUGAAUUUGUUCGAUUAUCAUCAUCUAGUACUAAAGAUAUUAGGCUUACUCCUGUUAUUCGUGAAAAGCUAAAUGGAAAACUCUUGGAAUUUGGAAAAAAAGGUUUACGAGUUCUCGCUACUGCAAUAAUUGAAAAUUGUAAACCACAAUUAGAAGAUUCAUACCUUCGUGAUCCCUCAAAAUUUGUUCUUCUCGAACAGAAAAUGACUUUUAUCGGUUUAGUUGGUAUGCUUGAUCCACCUCGUCCAGAAGUUAGGGAUUCUAUUCGUAAAUGUAAGACAGCAGGAAUAAGAGUAAUAGUUAUCACAGGAGAUAGCAAAAAUACAGCUGAAGCUAUUUGUAGAUCAAUCGGUGUGUUUGGGGAUGAAGAAGAUUUAAGUGAAAAAUCAUAUACUGGCAGAGAAUUUAGUGAAUUAUCUCCUGAUCAAAAAUCAGAAGUUGUAAAGCGAGCAAAUUUAUUCUCAAGAACCGAACCAUCUCAUAAGAGUGAACUUGUGGAUAUAUUACAAAGUCUUGGUGAAGUUGUGGCCAUGGUAACCCUAAAAAAAGCCAAUAUCGGAAUAGCAAUGGGUUCUGGUACAGAUGUUGCUAAAUUGGCCGCAGAUAUGGUUCUUGCAGAUGAUAAUUUUGCAAGUAUAGAAGGAGCAGUUGAAGAAGGUCGUUCAAUAUAUAACAAUACCAAACAAUUUAUUCGUUAUCUUAUAAGUUCUAAUAUUGGAGAAGUUGUUAGGUAA